UUCUCUUCGGUGUACCAAUUCAUCUCUCCACCGCUCUCUCUCAGCCAGACGGUCGUACGCUCCUCUCUGUUUCCAGCUCCUCCUCCCCUUCGUCUAAUAUCCCGACCAAGCGGUGAAUGGAUCAAGCUUAGAGGGUGUUGUUGAGGCUGUAGUAUUUAAAAUUAGGGCGUUCAUAUGCUGUGAGGGAUCUUAGUGUUCUAUAUUGCAAUAAUAUGAGCGGUAGCCUUAAUAAAAGGCCGCAUGAAGAUUGUGGUGAUGCUACUGGUAGUGGCCUUCAUGGGCUCUCAUCUGCUCCGAAGUACAUACAUGAAGAUUCCAAUCCAUAUGCUAAAGUUAUGAAUUCAGCGACACAUGAGUACCAUUCCUCUUAUGAUACUGGACAUGAUGUCAGGGUGCCUAAAAUCCCACGAACUGAAUCUCGGGAUGUUGAUAGAAGGUCACCGUUGCUUCCAGCAUAUCGAGUUUCACCAUCUUUGAAUGAUUUACAGUCUGAUCAUACCAUUGGUAUGGAAGCCAGGUUGGAGACUAGGGAUGUAAAAGACAAUGUAAGGGAUAUUAAAGUUGAGAGCCGUGAAUCCAAACCCGAAUACCAAGGAGCUAAAGGCGAUAAAGAUGUUAGGAUUGAUAGCAGGGUUGAUGAUAUCAAGGAUACCAAACAUGAGAGGGAUAGCUAUUCAGAGUACAAGGGUAAUAUGAAGAUAGAUAAGGAUACUUUUGCUGGAGUUAGUAGUCACUUGAAUUGGAAAGAUCCAAAAGAACAGAGUUGGGGGAAAAGAUAUCCUUUUCCUGAUGUGGUCUCAGGUGGGAAUUUGGGUCCCUGGCAUGCACCGAGAACCAAUGUGCAUAUAUCUACUGAAGCUAUUAGAGAAGGUGUAAAUGCUGAGAACAGGGAUUAUGUUGAAGCAUGCGAGGCUGUCGGUGAAAACAGAGUUGAUAUUAAAGGGGACGAUAAGUUUAAAAGUAAGGAUAGAAAAAGGAAAGAAGGGAAGCUUUGGGAGUGGGGAGGGGAUAAAGAAAGAAACGAUGGUAAGAGCAGCACACAACUACAAACUAGCAGUACAGAGAACAAAGACGCAUUGAAGGAAGAAAGAGAAACUGAGAGGUGGGAGAGGGAAAAAAGAGAUCCAUCUAAAGACAAGGACAAAAUGAAAGAUCGAGAAAAGGAUCAUUUGAAGAGGGAUGCUUGGAAAAACGAGAGAGAGAGUUCACAUCUUGCAAAAGAAUCAAAUGAUGCUCCAAGCAGAACACUGGAGCAUGAAACAGAGAAAAAGAAACAAAAGGAUCAUGACAGCUGGAAAAACAGUGACAGGGAGACGAGAGAUAGAAGAAAAGAAAGAGAUCAGGAUGGUGAAGGAGAGAGGAAUGAGAAAGCUAACAAGUAUAAUGACAAUGACUCAGAGGAGGUAGGUGUGCCUGCUGAUGGGGGUGGAGAUAGGGAAAGAGAAGGUUUUAAUUAUGGAGUUCAACAGCGAAAGAGAAUGCUUCGUCCAAGAGGCAGCCCUCAAAUGGGAAGCCAUGAUCCUCGUUCUAGAACUCGCAUCCAUGACCAUGAAGGAUCUCAAGGUAAGCUAGAUAUGAACAGCAUUGUUUAUAGAGUCGGGGAAUGCAUGCAAGAACUCAUUAAAGCUUGGAAGGAAUAUGAAUCAUCUCAAGCUGAGAAAGUAGGUGAUAGCGCUCAAGCUGGCCCAACUUUGGAAAUACGAAUACCAGCUGAGCAUGUGUCUGCUACAAAUCGCCAGGUGAGGGGAGGUCAGUUAUGGGGAACUGAUGUAUACACCGAUGACUCAGAUCUUGUCGCAGUUCUUAUGCAUACGGGCUACUGUCGACCUACUGCUUCUCCUCCCCCACCUACCAUUCAAGAGCUGCGUGCAACUAUUAGAGUGCUACCACCACAAGAAUCAUAUGUAUCAAGUUUGAGGAACAAUGUUCGUUCACGUGCCUGGGGAUCUCCAAUUGGAUGCAGUUACCGUGUCGAGCAUUGCUGCAUUGUGAAGAAAGGAGGAGGGACAAUUGACCUUGAGCCUUGCCUUACACAUUCAUCAACAAUGGAACCUACUCUUGCACCAGUUGCUGUGGAGCGUACAAUGACUACAAGGGCUGCAGCUUCAAAUGCGUUGCGGCAACAGAAAUUUGUCCGUGAAGUCACAAUUCAAUACAAUCUAUGCAAUGAGCCCUGGCUCAAGUACAGCAUAAGUGUUGUUGCUGAUAAAGGUUUGAAGAAACCGCUUUUCACAUCUGCACGUCUGAAAAAGGGAGAAGUGCUAUAUUUAGAAACCCAUACCCGCAGGUAUGAGCUAUGCUUUCAAGGAGAAAAGAUGGUAAAAGCUACAGGUGGGACUCAUGCACAUGAAGUCGAAACUGAGAAACAUCAUCAUAAUCAUCACUCCACCAGCACCUCUGUAAACGGUGACAAAAAUGUGGUGGCGGAUGGUGAAAAUGUGAUUGUUGAUGUGUUCCGUUGGUCCCGCUGCAAGAAGCCUCUUCCCCAAAAAAUGAUGCGAUCCUUGGGAAUACCUUUGCCCCUUGACCAUGUCGAGGUUUUGGAGGAAAAUCUGGAGUGGGAGGACAUUCAGUGGUCGCAAACAGGUGUUUGGGUUGCAGGAAAAGAAUAUGCUCUCGCUAGAGCUCAUUUUCUUUCACCAAAUUAGUACAAGUUAUUGUGAUUUGCUGAUAAAAAAGUGUAAGCUUGAUAGUGUUGUUUGUCAAAGUUCUUAGACUGAAACUGAGUAAUGAACAUGGGGUAAUUUUAGAGUAAAAUGUUAAAAUGAAUAUGCUCUGGUUUGUGUUUUUUUAAAUGGAAAUUUUAUUUGUUAAUUUUUUUGCUGUUUAAUGUUAUUCACUUUUUCAUACA